AUGGCGGCGCUGUCAGUGUCUGGCGUUACCAGAAGAGGUCUCACGUGGGUCGUCUUAGGGGCACCACGCAGAGAAUUUUGGUCUCAAUUCAGAAAAGAGAAAAAGCCAGUGGUGGCUGAGACAGUAGAAGAGGUGAAGAAAGAACCUGUUUUGGUGUGUCCACCCUUACGAAGCCGAACAUACAUACCACCUGAAGAUCUCCAGAGUCGUGUGGAAUCUUGUAUCAAAGAAAUUUUUGGCUCAUCUGUUCCUAGCAAUUGGCAGGAUGUGUCCCUGGAAGAUGGUCAUCUGAAAUUCGGUUUGUUGGCACGUUUAGCUGAUGACCUGGGCCAUGCAGUGCCCAACUCCAGGCUUCACCAGAUGUGUAGGGUCAGAGAUGUUCUUGAUUUCUAUAAUGUGCCUAUCCAUGAUAGAUCUAAAUUUGAUGAACUUAUUGCCAGUAAUCUGCCUCCCAAUUUAAAAAUCACUUGGGGUUACUGGGCAGUUCAGAAGAGGAAAUGUUGA